AUGUUUUACAUUGCGGACAUGCUGUUUGGUGUCCAGCAUCAGCUGUCACAUCCAAAUCCCUUCAGCCCCUCCAAAAAAUUCGAUUUCGACGCCUACGAGACAGAUCGAAAAACUUACGACAAGCUUAUCCAAGACACGGUCGCCAAGUACAAGCCAGAAAGAUUUUGUACUCUUGCAAUGCAAGCAUUCGACCUUUCGCCAACAGAAGGGAUGUGCCUUGACGACAAGAGCAAAGACGCCUUUUCUCCGAGACCCGCCUAA